UCAUUUUGCCAAGGGGGCUCAAUUCCUGAGCUCUUGUUCUCGCUGCUUUCUUCUUGGAAAAAUGCUCUCAGUCGUCGACCUGCUGUCACCUAUGUAAACUCUGACCAAGUUGCAGCUGUCACUAAGUUUGGUGUCAAUCAGUCUAAGCCAGAAUUUACAGUGGAUCUCAAAGGGGCAUUGAUUGACUGGGCCUCAAAGGAGAAAUCCAGCAAAAAGAAUGUUAUUGAGCUAAAAACCCGCCAAGGAACUGAGCUCUUAAUUCAAUCUGAUAAUGACAGCUUUAUUAAUGAAUGGUAUAAAGUUCUUAACUAUACCAUCAACAAUCAGGUAGUAGAGUCUGAUGAAGCAUUAGAAGAUGAUGUACCAGAUUCCCCUGGGGUGGAAAAACAAGACAAAGAAAAAGAGAAAGAGAAUAAAGACUCUAAGAUUAAACUUCGUUCAGUGAAAGCACCUAGCAAUAUAGAUUCCACAGAUCAGAAAAAGACCAAAACAAAGCUCAAGAAGUUUCUUACACGCCGCCCUACGUUACAAGCUGUCCGUGAAAAAGGCUACAUUAAGGAUCAAGUGUUUGGUUCCAAUCUCACCAGCCUGUGUCAAAGAGAAAACAGCACGGUGCCAAAGUUCGUGAAGCUGUGCAUUGAGCAUGUUGAGGAACAUGGAUUAGAUGUUGACGGCUUAUACAGAGUUAGUGGCAAUCUUGCAGUGAUACAGAAGCUAAGAUUUGCAGUCAAUCAUGAUGAAAAACUAGACUUGAAUGACAGUAAAUGGGAAGAUAUACAUGUCAUCACAGGAGCUCUAAAGAUGUUUUUCAGAGAACUGCCAGAGCCACUGUUCACUUAUAAUCACUUCAAUGACUUUGUGAAUGCAAUUAAACAAGAACCAAGGCAGCGUGUCCAUGCUGUUAAAGAUUUAAUCAAACAGUUGCCAAAACCAAAUCAGGACACUAUGCAGGUACUCUUUAGACACCUGAAGAGAGUUGUAGAAAAUGGAGAAAAGAACCGAAUGACCUAUCAAAGUGUAGCAAUAGUUUUUGGUCCAACCUUAUUAAAACCAGAGAAAGAGACUGGUAACAUAGCAGUCCACACAGUAUACCAGAAUCAGAUUGUAGAAUUAAUUCUACUGGAAUUGAAUUCCAUCUUCGGACGCUGACAUUUUUUUUGGAGUAGAAACUGGAAGUGAUGGGUUGGCAGCAGUACUCCAUCAGAAGGAAAAUCUCUUGCUGUACGUGAUGUAUUAUGUUUGUGGACCAAGCAGCAACUUGUUUUUUGCACUUUUGGGGAGGGGAGAAACAGGAGAAAUGUUUGACCACUUUAAUGCGAAUUAAAGACAACACUUUGGAUUUCUUUGAAAAGUUCAAUGUAAAAAGUGAAUUGAACAGUUUAUAGUUUGCCUUUUUCAAAGUAGCAUUGGAAAAAUGUAAUAUAGGUACAUA